AUGGAGACGGAGGAGUUGACAAAACUUGUCGAUGGCAUUUACAAGAAUAUUUUGGACAAAUUUAAUCCAGGUGCUCGUCAGAUGAUAACGGCCGGAAAGGCCUACUUAAAGGCUUUACACGGUGCGGCCGCCGCAUCGAGGUUGUAUGUCGAUGCAGUGGGGAAGCUUGGCAGGCAGGCACAACAGGGCACAUGGGGAGGAUGCGCCGAUAUAGGAACUGCUCUUAUGAAGGUGGUGGAGGUAUAUCGAGAAAUACAAGAUCAACAAAUGAACAUCCUAAAGGCGUUUUACGUAGACCUACUGGUCCCCUUGGAAACUAAUCUGGAGAAAGACACAAAAGUAGUACAGUCGGAACAAAAGAGGUUUUUACAACAACACAAGCUGAGGUCAGAGAGCUACAGUAAAGCUGCAGCGACAAUUAAAAAACAACGGAAGAAGAAACCUAAUGUCACUAAAGUUGGAUCAGCUAUGGACAAGGAGAUGAAGAACAUGCAGAUACUAGAGGAAGAGAAGACUAAAUUGGAUGCGUUCUGCGAACAAAGCUUGAAGAACGCUAUGACACAGGAACGUCGUCGCUACGGCUUCGUGCUUGAACGGCAAUGCUCCUUGGCUAAACACUGGUUGGCUUACCACACCGCGGGCGCCACUGCCUACAACUCUGGACUUGACGAAUGGCUUGAAGUAUCCCGAACCCGUGAAUUCCUGCCACCCAAUGUUGAAGCUAUGUUCGUUAGCAGAAUGAGACAAGUGUCAUUCUGGGCUGAUGAAGACGUAUACGCCAGUCCACGCGUCGGCGAUGAUGAUGAUCGAGCUUCAGUAGGAUCUGCUUUGCGUAAAACUAGAUCAGUGGACGCUUCAUGCCUUGACGUCAGGUCUAUUGGAGACCUAGGCUCACCAACUCAAGGACUAUCAAGAGCCAAAUCUGAUUUCAAUCUACAAGCGAGCUCAAAUAAUGAUGAUUCAGCAACAGAUACCCGUACAGCUACCCGACCUUCCUCUCUUGCCCCGCCAACCUGCACUACACGAGACCCACCACUGGCCCGAGCUCUAUACGCCUACGCAGCAGCCGGAGACAACCAGCUGAGCUUCCAACAAGGAGAUGUAUUAGCACUGCUAGGAGAAAGGACGAAAGGGUGGCAAUAUGGCGAGAACUUGCGCUCGCAUCACGCUGGAUGGUUCCCACUCGCUACACUGAACCUAUACCGUUUGAUGAAGCUGGCUUUUCCGGCAGAAAUUCACCAGCCCGAUGGAGCUGCGUACAAACGCCAUCAGAGGCUCCACCGCCCGCACCAAUGGCACAUGCGCAGACUACGCCCUCAGCCACAGUACACACGCACUCACAUCCAUCUACUCGUAUGUUUGGCGAUACUGUCACUGCUCAUCAUGUUACUAAGGGACGACUUGGUAGCGGCUCACCAGGAUUGCCGCCGACUUUACCAGCACCGUCACCCAGUGCGCUUAGCACUUCAGCAAGUGCCACAUUCCACGCUUCUACUCCCGCCCCAGGUGCCACCACUGCCAUCAAAAAUUCUACAUCAUCAGCCAGCUUUACUACUCAUGCUGUCAUAGAAACUAG